GGGUGUUUCAAUUAUCACUGUUGACGUAGCUUGUCCUCGCCGUUUACUUUGAAUCAUGGCCAGUCCACCGCUGAACGGUACAAGCAAUAGGCCAUCCUUUGACAGUGACAGACUAAACUCUCCGCCACCAAUAGCAAACGGCACGGCUGAUGGGCAGGACUAUGAAGACCUCGAAGGUCUCGACCCAAUUCAACGUCUGCAGCGGGAAUUGGAACGAACGAGAGAGGAGAAGGAUAAUCUAGCAGCGCAGUAUCGGAAUCUCCUCGCGAAGCUGACUACUAUGCGUACUACACUUGGGAACAAGCUGAAGCAGGACGCCGUACGUUGAAGAGCUCGACCGACAAGAGCAACUGGUGCAGCAGUUGACAGCACAGAACGAAGAUCUUGCAGAUACCGUUGAGACUCUGAAGUCAGAGCUCAUAUCCUCGAAUGAGGAGGCAGACCGCUCUUCGAGAGAGCUGGAGGCAAUGCGGAGCCGAGCAUUGCAAGAGAAUGCACAAGAAGCGUUCCUGAGAGAACGUGAACUACGAGACCUACAGGGCGAAUUGGAACAAUGCAGAAUGGAACGAGACGAAUGGGAACAGAAGGCUUUACAAGAACAUGUGGCUGCAGAUGAGGCUAAGACCGCGUUGGAAAGUCUACGAAGGGAUUUGGAGAUUGAGCGUGAAGCCCGAGUACAGGAAUCCACGGAACUCCAAGUUGAGCGAGAAAAGACAACAAACCUUCAGUCGGUUCUUGAGGACUUCCAAACCGCGAAGGAUCAUGAGGUACAACAGGCUGUCAAAGGGUACGAAACACAGCUCUUGCAAGUUACUCAGAGUUUAGCAGAGUUCAAGCAUCGAGCGUUGACCGCUGAGCUUCAACUCGAGGAGACAUCAUCCAACUCCUUACGGCUACAUGAGCUCGAAAAGGAUCUGAAGGAUAAAACUCUUCUCAAUAACAAACUCAGACAUGAAGCGGUAAUAAUGAACGAACACCUUAUGGAAGCCCUUCGCCGGCUACGGCGUACUUCGAAUGACACCAACGUCGAUCGCCGUCUCGUUACAAAUAUUAUCCUUCAAUUUCUCACUAUACCACGGGCAGACUCGAAACGUUUCGAGAUUCUCUCCUUACUCGCGACCAUUCUCUCAUGGGAUGAUGACGAACGAGAAAAGGCCGGCCUGCAACGUAAGGGCGGUGCUGUUGCGACUUUAGGAUCUUCCAUAUGGGGUCGAGCUAGCAGUCCGAAUAGUAAGGGAAAAACUCCAGAGUUGGAAAAAACUGACGAGACGGAGUCAUUCUCACGACUCUGGGUCGAGUUCCUACUUACCGAAGCAGCGGCAGGGGAAGGUACAUCGCCACCAAAGUCACCUAGCGCACGUACGAACAACUCCCUUCCAGGGACACCAACACGUCCGUCGCGUUUGUCACCAAAUUCACUCAAAACGGGAACCCGUCUACCGUCGUUCACGUCAGCAGCUAUGGCUAGUUCACCCAACCUCCUCCUGAAAUCUCCACCACGGAAGGGGAAGGAGAGGGCGUUGGAUGCGGAUUCGUGAGACAUGCUGAUAUACUUAGUGGUGGCUUCUUUAGGUUUGGUGGAUUAGAGUACGGACCGUUAACUUCAUUAUUGCAUAUCUUUCCGUUAUCUGUAUCGCACUCAUUGGCAUUUAUUGAUACCUCGCAGUUCCUGUCGUCCUUUUGAGUUUCGACUGCUCCCAAAUAACUAUCCUUCAGCUCAAAUACACAAUCAAGGAUAGGUAUUGCAUGUCUUCACGUCGACGCUACGUGGUCCGUGCGCACAGCACCAAAUAUAUAAACCUCAUCCCG